CACGCGUCUUUUGGCACCCAUAUCUCAUGGCCAGUAAUCCCAAAAUCACAUCUCUUGCUUCACGACUCAUAGAGCCAAACCAUCCCGCUGGACGUAGCGGUAAACAUGCGGAUGACCUGGACUUGGACGACGAUGACGCCAUUUUCGCAGAGCUAGAGGCGGAAAUCGAGAACGAUGAUAAUUCAGCAAUCCGAGAGCAGGGCUUAGCUGUUUUGAAGCGAGAGAUGGAGAAAAUACAACAUAUGAAAGAGAAUCACUACGGAAAAUAUACUGAGAUUAUGGACGAGAAGGAAGUUGUGAGGAUAACUGCACACGAACCAAGGGUUGUGAUACAUUUUUACCACACGAAUUUCAAGAGAUGCGAGAUAAUGGACAAACAUCUUGCUAAACUUGCACCGAUAUACUUCAACACCCGCUUCAGUAGGGUUUUCGUGGAGAACGUCCCUUGGUUGGUCGAGAGACUUUCGAUAAAAGUGUUACCAUGCGUGGUAUGUUUUGUGAAGGGCGUUACGAAGGAUAGAUUGGUGGGUUUCGACGAGCUUGGGAACAACGAUGGAUUCACAACUCCUACGCUGGAGAUGCGAUUGGCCGUCAGCGGUGUGAUACAGAAAUCAAACAACGCAGCUAAAAAUUUGAUGUACAAAGUCGCAUCACAAGAUGACGACGAUUUCGACUUGUGAUUCAUGGUUCAAAGCUCUAUCUAGCUGCUGGUAGACAACCUAGCUUUUCCUCUCUAGUUGCUGAAUAGCGCUUAGCGGUAUACACUUUCAAUAGACAUCUCUGUAAAAGGAAAAACCGACGGUCGCGUUACAGCGCGUUACAGUGCGUUACCAGGUACUGUAACAUUAAAA